AUGGAUAUUCCAGCCAAUGUCACGGAGAUAGAUUUAUCCUACAAUCGCAUCACAAGGAUAAGGUCGGGUAAUUUCGCUCAUCUUCGUAAUUUAAGUCGCCUAAACCUGUCGGACAAUCGCAUAGGAUCACUGGAGUUGGGUGCAUUUGUAGACGUCCCUAAUUUACGCGUGUUGAAUGUACGAUCUAACUACUUACGCAUGGAUUACGAAUCAUUUCCCCGAGGGGUUUUUAAAAAUCUGCCCCAAUUACAAUGGUUAGACCUAAAAAACAACACCAACCGUUACCCAAAACCUAACGAAAACUACCCUGACGCAGCCUUCAAAGACCUGACGGGUUUAAAAGAACUAUAUCUGGACGGACUAAAUAUGGAGAAUUCUGUUUUGGGGCCUGGAUUCGCUUCUCUUAAAACGUUGCGUUUAUUGGAUUUUUCUGGAGAUGACGGACCUUGCAGCCUAAAGAAGUUAAGCAAAAAUGUUUUUUACAAUUUACGUUAUUCCCAAUUGGAGCAUCUCGAUCUAGCGUUUUGUGAACUGUAUAAAAUCGAUAACUUAACAUUUAGUUUUCUACCAACGAUCAAGACUCUUGAUCUUUCAGGUAACAAAUAUCUUGGAUUAAAAAGACUUGGAGGUGUCUUUUAUGGACUACAAAAUUCGUCUUUAGAGCGGCUGAUAUUAAAUGCAACAACGUCUCCAGAAGAUAGAACUUACAUGUUGAACAGUAGCCGUGUUUUUCAUUAUCUCCAGAACAUUACAACAUUAAAACAUUUAACUCUCGACUCUAAUUACAUAUCGGACAUUGAUAUCAACAUGCACGUGUACGUGGAACAUUUAGAAACUCUCUCGAUUUCAGACAAUAACAUCAUUAAUGCGCUAAAGCCAGCGAUUGACUUUAGCCAUUUGCAGCACCUGAAGUACCUCAACUGGAGCUGGACAUCUAGCUCUAAACCUGUGGUACAUUUCAAACAGCAAUUACGACUUGAGGAGUUCGAGUUUAAUCUUGCUGGACCACCGAAUUUAGAGGCAGCCGAUUUUAAUAACAACAGAUUAAAUUAUCCGCUCAACCACAUAAUUGUUCAUAAUGCUACGUCUCUCAAGUUUCUAAACUUAUCAAAUGAUAAUUUGUAUAAAUGGAACGGACCAUUGGAAGUAGUUGAUAACUCGUUUCAAAGGAUGCGUACUCUCGACCUUUCAGGUAACGGCUGUUCAAAAAUCAGCGAGACGUUCUUAUAUAAUCUUUCUACAAUUCAAAAUUUACAUCUGCAGAACAAUAAACUCGGACAUUCUGACACUAUAAGAAAUGGUUCAUACUUAAGUCCUUUUCGGUGGCUCGUCAAUUUGACUUACGUGGAUUUAUCUUCCAAUGAAAUGGAAAAGGUAUCCCCAAUUUUGUUCAACAAUAAUACAAAACUAGAGACAGUGGUAUUGAGAAACAAUUAUCUUUCUUCGGAAGGAUUAACUUUAAACCUGAAUAACAUAUCUUUCUUGGAUCUCGCACACAAUAAUCUGGACUCUCUGAAUGCCAAAUAUAUUACAGAUACAGGUGGGAAAUUAAGUAUUUCUUUUACAAAUUACGAAUCAGACGCAAGGAAUACGAAGAGGUUCACGGAGAUGAUAGGCAUCAAUAUGACGCUUUUGUGGCCUUCAGCAAGGAAGACUACAAGUGGGUGUACAGACAACUGCGACCCAAUCUAG